AUGUUGCCUCUUGUCCAGAUGCAUCCGAUGGUACCGCCGUCGGCGCAUCUCGCCCCAUCUCAUGUCAAGCCCGAUCUCUACCCCUUCCAGCAACAUCAUCACCAUACGUCCAGGUCGUCCACGCUCCAUGGUCUGGCUUCUUCGCACCAGGACCGGCCGUUCUCUACCCGCGCGUCCCAGCUGCAGUCGGCCCACCCAAGAUCGUCCGCGUUUCACCACCACGAUAACCACGAGCACCAUCUCAGGAGGAAGACGCCGAAUGGCACAAUCGACGCUGGAUAUGAUGGGACCCCGGCCCAGCUUGCAUCCGGGCCUCCGCCGCUGAAGCACAUGAUAUUACCUGCUGCCGGCAAUGCACAGCUGGCGCGCGAAUACAAUACGGCCUCGUCGUAUCGGUCUCCCUCCACUAUUAAUCCGGCCGAGCCGAGGGGCUUUGACGGUUCCGACAUGAAUCUGCUGCCGUACGCACGAGGCUGGCAGUACGGCAUAGACGGAGUUUCGCGCAAUACCGCCAUGGCUAUGGAUUGUGCCCCGAACACGCCCUCCACCGUUUACUAUCCUUACAACAACGGCGUCAGAGUACCAACGGCCCUCCAGCCAACCUAUCACCAGUCGCCAGGACCUCCCGUUUUCAAUAAUGGCGGGUUGCUACCACCGCCAGCAUGGCCGGACGCUAACCUCCCUGGAUAUCACCACGCUACCCUUGGCGGGCCGUCUUACUAUGCCUUGAAUCGAAACUCAAUGUUGUUGAAUCGACCGUCUGACCCUAUCAUGCCCUCAACGCCGCCUCUGGGUCUUGGGGCCGGUUACGAUACGAUCCAAGGAAUACUUCAAAUACCCGCGCAAAGACUAGAGUCUCUAAGCCUAGAGCAAAAUCAUUACAACGCACCAUCGGCUCAACUUCCAGAGACCGCAUCCCCCGUUAGAUUCCGGGAGAGGGCUCUUGCCAACGCGCACCGUACAUAUGUCGAGUUGCUGGCUUAUCUACAUCAGAGCAAGAAAUCACAACCAGGUCGCUCGUCCGCAGGCUCCCGGUCAUCGUCGAAAAUGAUGAUAUUUCCAAAGCUCCCCAAACCCCCGCACGGUUCUGUUGCAGCACCUGAUCGACGCCAUUCCAAGAACCUGCGUGAUCAUACACACUCGGUCGAUGGCAUACAUCCUGGGGCAACUUCCUACACAGGCGUUAACCGCUAUGGCUCAUCGGAUACCUUCCUGCAGAUGCGCAGCUCAAGCCAUCAAAUGUCCGCAGGAGGCCCCGUAGCCAACACGUCGUACUAUCAUCUUCUCAACAAUGAAGGCUCCCGGUAUGGUAAAGUAGCCCAUCCUCUACUAACCAAGUCACCUUUGUCAAAUGCCAAGACCGCUGUUGAGAUGCUGAAUCACUUAUGCGAGCAAAGCGGCUGGAGGUGGAUAGAUGGUAUGCUACUUGGUGGCUGUCUCUAUUACGGACUCGAGCGAUACGAGCAGGCACUUGAAUGGUUUACAAGGAUAGUUACAUUGGAUGACAGCCAUAUUGAAGCUCUGUCAAACGUUGCUGCGACUUUGUAUUGCCUCCAUCGGAACGAGGAGGCCGAGAAGCAUUGGCUCCAGGCUGUUCAGCGGAAGCCAAGUUAUCUAGAAGCUGUUGAGCAUCUUGUGGGACUCCUUUGCUCCACUCAAAGAAGCAAGGAAGCGGUCGAUAUCAUCACGUACGUCCAGCGCUCUCUCCGUCUUCACGACCAAAGAACUGCGGGGGAAUGGGACAAAGAAUCGGGUGGGGAACGCAUGGGUCAAUCCCACAUUCCCCUGGAAAUGGCAGACAUGGGCAACUUCAUGGAAGCAGUGUCGCAUGAUGCGGAAAUCCCAAGCCAGGCCGGUUUCGGUUCCAGUGGUUAUCGCAUUCCCGCCAGCGAGAACGGCCGGAUCAUCGCUCUGAUCCACGCCAAAGGCAACAUGUUGUACGCUCUCAAAGACAUUGAGCGUGCAUCUGAGGCAUUUGAGGAGGCGGUACUGAUUAGUGCUGGGAGGAGGCUUGGAUGCAUCCAGUCGCUUAUACGAAGGAUCCAGUCGGUCUUGUCGACCCCUGAGAUGCAGCGCCGGGCUAGCCGGCCGAGCUUGCAGGAAUCUUUGUCGGGGCCUCUCUUGUUGCCGCCGGAAAAGGCACGACAUACGGCUCAACUCGUGUUUGCAACGCGCGGUGAGCUACCCGGGCUGCGCCAGGUCCCUGACGGCGUCCCCAGAAGAUCUGCCGUCUCUACCACCAGCAACUCGCUGCUGUCAUUGGCGAAAAUCUUCCAGGACGGCAUGUCCAACGGUGGGUCUUCUACUGGGCUCAUGCGGCGACCUUCUGGCGUUGGAGAUAUCCUGGCUCUCUAUUACCUUUCUCUCUCCCUCUCGGAGAGCCCCUCGACAGCGAACAAUGUGGGUAUUCUCUUGGCCAGUGUCCCACAGUCCACUCCCACACAGCCAGUCCUCAUGGCGGAAAGCUCGUCUAAUCCACCGAUACCCGGCAUAGUGCCAGGAAGCGGCCUGGACCUGGCGUUGGCAUACUACAAGUAUGGUCUGCAAUUGGAUUCAAAGCAUGUACAUCUGCACACGAACCUCGGGAGCCUCCUCAAAGACAUUGGGCAGCUCGACCUGGCCAUCUCCAUGUACGAACAGGCCGUGGCGUGCGACGGAACAUUCGACAUUGCUCUCACGAACCUAGCGAAUGCUGUCAAAGAUCGCGGCCGGAUUUCCGAGGCCAUCAUGUAUUACAAGCGAGCCGUGGUUGCGAACCCACACUUUGCCGAGGCGGUCUGCGGCCUCUCUACCGCCCUGAACUCGGUGUGCGACUGGAGAGAACGUGGAGGCGUGGUGCUGCACAGUGGCAAGUACGACCGGUGGCACGUUAACGACAAAGGGAUGCUGCAGGACGGAAGGGCCCAAGCAACCGGAUUCGGACUUGUAAGCAGGGUGGUGGACAUCGUCUCGAGACAGCUGGCAGAUUCCUCCCAAUGGGGCACCGGCGUUCUCCACAGCGGUGCGCUCGAGGUCCUCGUGCACCAAUUCAGAGCGGCAGGCGCCAAUCGAACAGAUCAGGGUUUGAAUCUCGAAGUUGAGUUGCGCCGGUGGGCGGGGCGUUCAUGGGAAGGCUCGCGGGUCCUUCGCCUGGUAGAGCGCUCCAUAAAGGCGGCCAUGCGCCAGUGGUACCAAGACAAUUAUGUUCACGGCCAGAGCGCCCGGGGGGGCUAUCCACGGCCACGACUGCCCGUAACGCUUACCGUGCCCUCGGCGCCGACGGUUCUGCCGUUCCAUACCUUCACCUGUCCCCUCACCGCCAAGGAUAUCCGCAUGAUCUCCCAGCGGAAUGCUCUACGAAUAUCUUGCUCUACUCUGCGAUCUCCCUGGUUGCCCGAUUCCGUAUACCCUCCGCCGCCCCCUCCCAAGCCGCAUCUCAAUAUCGGCUACGUCUCGUCGGAUUUCAACAAUCAUCCUCUGGCCCAUUUGAUGCAGUCAGUUUUCGGGCUGCAUAACCCUUCAAGAGCCAAGGCUUUCUGUUAUGCCACCACAGCGAGCGACAAGUCGAUUCAUCGACAUCAGAUAGAACGCGAAGCGCCAGUCUUCCGCGAUGUGAGUAGUUGGUCUGCAGAACGACUCGUUGACCAGAUUAUUCAAGACAAGAUUCACAUCUUGGUGAACCUGAAUGGAUAUACGCGAGGCGCCCGCAACGAAAUUUUUGCUGCACGACCGGCCCCUAUCCAAAUGUCCUUCAUGGGGUUCGCUGGUACUCUGGGUGCUGAGUGGUGCGACUACAUCCUAGCUGACGAGACGGCCAUCCCACCAUCAACAUUGAGACCAUCAAGAAAAAAUGUCAGCCUCGAGGACGUGUUCCGCGACGAGGAAGCGGUCGAGGAUGAGGACUGGAUGUAUGCCGAGAAUAUCAUCUUCUGCCGAGAUACGUUCUUCUGCUGUGAUCACGCCCAAUCAAGUGAGCCCGCGGAACGAAUGGUAACGUGGCAUGAGGAGCAAUCGCGGAGGUGGAAGAUGCGUAAAGAGCUCUUUCCGCAUCUCCCAGAUGACACCAUCAUUCUCGGCAAUUUCAAUCAAUUAUACAAGAUUGACCCCUCCACAUUCCGCACAUGGCUGCGGAUUCUUUCCAAUGUGCCCAAGGCCGUACUUUGGCUCCUCCGCUUUCCCGAGCUGGGCGAGAGCAAUUUGAAAAGAACGGCUAAACUAUGGGCAUCUGAAGAGGUGGCAUCUCGCAUCAUCUUCACGGAUGUGGCGCCGAAGCAGCAGCACAUUUCACGGGCGCGGGUUUGCGACCUGUUUCUCGAUACUCCAGAGUGCAACGCACACACGACAGCGGCAGAUGUCCUUUGGUCCAGCACGCCGUUGUUAACCCUACCGAGGUACCCUUACAAGAUGUGCUCACGCAUGGCAGCGUCAAUCCUCAAGGGUGCACUCCCCAAGAACGCGAGAGGCCAGGACAUGGCCCGGGAACUCAUCGCAACGGAUGAGGACGACUACGAGGCUAUGGCUACCAAACUCGCCAGCAGUCUAAAUUAUCGUUUUACAAACGGACAAUAUGGCGAGGGUCGGGGGAGGCUAGCCGAGAUGCGCAAAGUUCUAUUUGACGCAAAGUGGACCUGUGCGCUCUUCGACACACGAAGAUGGGUUCGUGAUCUGGAAGAUGCUUACGAGGAAGCGUGGCGAAAAUGGGUUGCGGGGGAUAGUGGUGAUAUUUAUCUAUAG